CUUAUCUCUAAAUGUACGUGUAUAGAAGCAGGUUGGAAGCAGAGAAAGAUACAUUGUAUUAUUCCUGUAAAUACUGCAUGUUGUCUAUACUGGGGUUGUGAGAUACAGCUAAGAGGUUCUUUCCCCCUUUGUGGAUUCUGAACAUUGGCACCUUGCAGUGACAUAAAGGACUAUAAAAAUGCAACACCCAAGACUUGCCAUUCUUGUUCUACUGUUAAUAGGAAUAGGUUGGGUCAGAUGUGACGUAACAAAUUCAACUGAUUCAACUGUUGCUACAACCACAUCACCAAUCACAAGCUCUGGUACAACUGCGCCUUCAAGCACUUCCACCAACAGCACAGUGUCAUCCAAUACUGGCACUCAAACAAACACAGCUUCCGAUAACACAACCAGCACAGUGUCACCCAAUACUGGCACUCAAACAAACACAGUAUCCAAUAACACAACCAGCACAGUGUCACCCAAUACUGGCACUCAAACAAACACAGCAUCCGUUAACACAACCAGCACAGUGUCACCCAAUACUGGCACUCAAACAAACACAGUAUCCAAUAACACAACCAGCACAGUGUCACCCAAUACUGGCACUCAAACAAACACAGCAUCCGUUAACACAACCAGCACAGUGUCACCCAAUACUGGCACUCAAACAAACACAGCAUCCAAUAACACAACCAGCACAGUGUCACCCAAUACUGGCGCUCAAACAAACACAGCAUCCGUUAACACAACCAGCACAGUGUCACCCAAUACUGGCACUCAAACAAACACAGCAUCCGUUAACACAACCAGCACAGUGUCACCCAAUACUGGCACUCAAACAAACACAGCUUCCAAUAACACAGCCAGCACAGUGCCAUCCUCUACAGCAGUUAUAGGCACUGCAGUAUCUUCUUCUACAAUAUUAACCACGCUGGCACCUACCAUCUCUCUUAAUCUACAGUUUAAGCUCACCAAUCUAGAGUUUAAUGACAGCCUGACUAAUACAAGCUCUGAUUACUACAAGACGCUAAAGGAUAAUAUGGAACAACAGCUGCGUGCCGUUUACAUAGCAAAAUUCACGAAUUUCAAAAGUGUAAAUGUUGCAGGGUUCCAGAAGGGCUCUGUGAUUGUUGUUUCAAGUGUGACAUUUGAGAACAGUACACAAUCCUCUACAUCCGUCACUAAUGAUAACAUUGUACGAGCCCUAGUCAAUUCCAUUCAGUCCAACGGCAGCCUUGGUGACUACAAAAUGGAUUCCACCAGCAUACAGUCAGACAGUUCCAAUGUGACAAACCUGAGUCCGCAAAAUAUAGUUAUUAGUUUUCUGAUUAAAACACCAUAUAAUAUGUCUGCAACUGACUCACUGAAGAAUCCAAUAAUUAAUUGGGUGAACAAUUCUUUUCUAAAUCUUCCCAAUGUCACAGCAGUGUCCCUUAAUAACAACAGCCUCAGCUUCAGCAAUGCCAAUAAUUGGACCCUAUGCACUGCUACUUUUGCUGUCAUCACACCUAACAUUUUCAAUGCAACCCAAGCUCUCGACAUAGUCCUGAACUUUAGAGGAAAUGUUACAUUCUCUAUUGUUCCAUCCAGUCUUAGUAUCCAGGGAAAUACUAAGUCUUUUAAUAUCAUCAGCCCAAAAUUGGGAAUACAGAAUGUGCCUUAUACACAAAGUCUGUCUGAUAAGACCAGUAUUGCAUUCCAGGCAAAUGCUGCAGCCAUAGAAAAUUCGUUCAGAGCCAUAUUUCAAAGCCAGCAAUUAGUGGAGCCAGUUGUGACCAGCUUCAGUAAUGAUAGCCGAGGUCUCCUUCCUUCCGUGGAUCUAUAUUUCCUCUCUGGGAUUACCAGUCAGGACGUAAGCCAGCAAAUUUUGAAUAAUUUAGCACAGUUCAGCCAAAGGAACAUCAUUCUGAUCCCAAGUGUAACAAACCCCAUAGUGCCUAUUUCAUUUACAUUUAACCUGCAACAAGCCUACACCACCGACUUAACUACAAACAACAUGAAUACAACCAUCGUAAAUCUGGUGACACCAAUUUUAAAUAGUCUGUACAGUAACAACGUUGUGAACUCACCGAUUGCCGUCAUUAGUAAUAAUUCCGGAGCAGCUACAGUUAUUGCUAAUUACACAAUCAACACCACAUCGCUAAUCAACUUUGUAUCGAUAGACAGCUCAGCAGUGCAGAAUGCGCUUUUACAGAAUCAGACUUUUACAGAUAUAGUGCGCAUUUCAAGCCUAUCAGUGAACGGUGCUAGCAACAAGCUUCAGGGUUAUCUAUAUAAGCUAAGAUUCACCAGCCUGACUUUUAAUAGCAAUUUAUCAUACCCAUCUACUGAUGAUUACCAGAAAAUGAAGAAAAAUAUUGUCCAAGCGAUGAGCAGCAUUCUAAAAGCCGUUGGCUCUCAACAAGUGGCCAUUUUAUCAUUUGUAUCAGGGUCUGUUAUUGCUAACACAGAAGUCACCGUUACAGCUGGGGGUUCUACCUCUGACCAAGUCACUACUGCAAUUGUGAACAACAUGGAUUCUCUGAAAAGUGCUGGACUGACAUUGGAUCCUCAGUCUGUAGUUACACCUACUCCCUCUGUAGCAGCAUCAACUGUUGCAUCUCCUCCAACUAUUUCAUCAUUUCCGGGUUAUGCAGUGGCCAUCAUUGUUAUGUGUGGACUGGCUAUUUUAGCACUCCCUUUCCUCAUACUAUUGUUUCUGAAAACAAGCAUCUGCAGUAAAGUCUCCAAAGCAUGUUCCCUCAAGCCACCGUAUGGUGAAUACCAAGGCAUGGUAAUUCCUAACAAAGGAGCUGGAGUGAAAAAUUACAAGACACACUCUUAUGAAGUUGCACAUUAGUCGCACCCUGCAGAAGGACAAGACUAGAGCCAGCAGAACCAGUCCUUAUCUUAUACAGACACAGCAAUGAACGUUUGGAUCAAACUUGGAACAGCAGAAGCCUCAGAUCAACACGUUGCCUUCUUUGUUGGGAACAAAUAUUAUCCUGUCUGUUAAACUCUAUGGGUUCUACGGGUUACAUUUAUAGUAACAAAUGGCAACAUUUUGUGUAUUUUGUGUUUUUUUGUCCAUGUAGUGUGUCCAAUAUUCUUCAUGUACUAAAGCAUGCAUACAGAGAAGUUAAUACGCGUAUAUACAAUAUUGUGCAUUUAGUUGCAAAAAGAAAAACCUACAAAGCAACUGUUGUGAGAGAAUAACACUGACUCCUAUAAAGGGAAUGUUUUCUCUAUAGGUAGUCUGAAAACUCUUCCAUCUAGCCAUCCAUCAAUAGACAUAUACCCUACCACAUAACAGCAAAAAUUGCUCAGAAUGCUGUUAUGAGCUCUUUGGCAAUUUACAUUUUUCAUAUAUUAGCAGUUGUUUUCACACAGGGCACCACUGCUGUUUGGCCUGGUCAGAAUAACAAAUGCUCAUUGUACAGUAGUAAAGCAGGAAGCAUCUCUUGAUGGGUUUAUUUUCAAUUUGAAUAAAAUCUAAAUUUUACCUAACUUAAAUGUUUGCUUAUUUGUUAAAAAAAUUGAAGAAAAAAGCAUAAUCAUCUAUUUGUGGGAGAAAGUUUGGCCUAUUUACUCUUCAGUGCCACCUCAGUGCAGUGCCGUGUGUAACUGCUUCCAGCCAGUAGCAGCAGCAAUCCUCAAUACAGCAUGACACUUUGCAUCGAGGAAGAACUUCCGUAAUUAAAAAAUCAUCUUUAUUCUUAAAGAGAUACUGACACCAGAAAUUAAAUCUUUUUUUACAUCUUUCACAACAUUGUCUUUGCAAGAACUUUAUAAUUUUGCCAUAAAAAUAUUUGCCUGAUGCAUUUAAAUUACCUGUCUGAUCCCCCAUGUUCCUCUAUGAGGAGGUGGCCAUAUUUGUCUGUUAGCAUUGGAAGCUAUAUCUGACAGGCUGAGAAGGGACAGUCAGGUUGGCAAAACAGUCAGGUUCAUGAACUUCAAGUAACAAUUACUCACAAAAGCAGCCCUGUCAGCGAAAAACAGUCAACAUGACCUAUAGGUAACUUUUUAUGUAUAUUCAUAUUUUGAAAAGUAGUUUUUUCAUGUCAGUGUCACUUUAAAGGGCGUGGGAUAGACCCAUUUGCUUGAUGUGUUUCCUGGCAUCUGCCACUUCUUCAUCAGUGGCUUGCCCAUAUUCUAAAAACAUACUCUUAAAGGAACAUAUUAAAAUCAUACACCAUCACCAAGAUGUAUAUUCUACAUGGCAUAUAUGACCCAGAAAACUGUGAUAGUGGGCUACAUAAAAAUUUUUUGAAGGAACAAUAAGACCCAAUAUUCAAGUUUUUUUAUACAAUGAAAUAUUCUACACAGUAUAGUUAUACUCUUAUGAGAAAGCUUUACUGCCUCCAUACAUGGGGCAUAGGGGCAUUAACAAGGAGAUAGCCACCCAAACAUUAUAUAGCCAGUCAUCAUCAAGAGACACUUCCUGAUCAAUAAAAUAAGCUUUCACUGCCUUCCUAGGUCAAACAGCAGAGGGUGCUUUGUUUGUAAACAAUAUCAAAAUCUCAAAGAAAGUAAGAUGCAAUGCUCCAUUAGGUUAUAAGGUAGUGUAUAUGUCUCUUUAAGGUUUUUUUUUUUUUUCUUGCAUGGAAGUAAAUUUUUAGUCACAUGCUUAAAUACAAAUUUGCCUCAUUGCAAAUAAAGGUAGAUUGAAUAGUUCUAUUGGAACCAUGACAUUACUGACAUACUGUGUACAGAAGACUAGGCAAUUCAAACUAUUUUAUUAAAUUCUUUUUAUAAAUAGACUAUUAAUGCAAUGUUUAUCUAAAAUGCCGUGAUUUUUAUUUUAAAGAUUUUUUGACUCCAAUCUACUUUCAUUAUUCUUGAAACUUUUUAAUGUAGUUUGAGUCUAUACCUGCUGUCUAUCUCCUGAUCCUAAUGCAAUCUUUUUUAACCUCUUCCCUACCUUAAUCUUACCAUACUAUCUGGUAUGAAUAAACAAACUUUGCAGCACAGUUUAUAGAGAAAGUCAGAAACAUAACAUUUAUGGCACCAGUAUCCAAGUCUAUCAGCUGGCUCCACAAAUUGAUUUACAGUAGGCAACCUGUCUGUAGUUAAACACUGGCUGCCAACUUCCAAUUGAUGCAGUCCUAGGGAUUCUGAGAAUAGUGAAUCAACAUCACCUGGAGAUUACCCAUCCUAAUGUUGGCAUCAUAUUACUCUAUUCUGACCUGUUUGUUGACACUUGGGAGAGUCAGAAGGGUCCUUGGAGAAAUAUGAAGUCACUGGGGCUCAAUUAGUAACCCAUAACAACCAAUCAGCAAUUAGCAUUGAUCAGUCUACUGCAAGUAGAAAUAUGAAAGCAAAUAUGAUUGGUUGCUAUAUGUUUCUGCUACUGUGUCCAUAAAUGAGCUUUACUAUGUACUGUAUGAUAGAAGUGUAAUUGUAUUUUAUUUAUUGUGGGAAUUUUCUAUAUGCUGCCUUCUGGACUAUUGCUUACUGCCAUUAUAGAAUUUUGCUAUUAAAUUUAAUCAGAAAUUAUGCUUGAGAUUUUUUUUAUCCUUCCUUAUGUUACUUUUGUUAUUAAAACUAUUAAUAUUCA